GUGAUGCACUUUUUUUAUUCCUAUUCUUUUUUUCUUUUCAAUUCCAUAUUCUCUCACUAAACAUGGCAUUAAAAAAUCGCAAAACUCUAAUAUUAAUUGCUUUCUCCUGUUUAUAUAUUUGCAAUACGCACAGCGCCCCAACACCAAUGACAUCAAACGCAGUAAUGGACUCAUUCUCCCCGCCACCAACAGCUUUUUCCUUACCGCCACCACUACCACCAUCACCAUCCUUAUCCGAUAAUUACAGAAAUAUGGUUACAGAUUCAAAAGAAGACAGAAAAGCAGAAAAAAAACAAGAAGAAGAAGAGGAGAAAGAAAAACACAAGCAAUAUCAAAGCAACAAAAAUAUGAAAUAUGACGGCGAUGAUUCGAGAAAUAGCCAUACUUUCGGCCAUACAGACAGUGCUGACGAUAAUAACUCAUACAACCAUGAUCAUAAAGAUUCGAGUGCUACAAGUCCUACAGUAAAUGAACCUAGCAAUACUGUUGUAACAACAAUUAUUGUUGUGGCUACAGAGACACCAACCACAAUUUAUUCUGGAAGUACGUACAACCCAGCCAAACAACAGGGACAGUCUUCAGAAACCAGUCAAGGUGUAAAUGAUCCCAACUCUCCUGGAAACUCGAACACCAUUGGAUCCAACAAUAAUAAAAACGAUCAAAUUCUAAAAGACUUGUCUGCAUACCACAAGCUAGUAACUGGAUUAUCUAUUGUGGGUGGUAUUGCAGGUAUUGUUCUUGUUACUGCUGGUCUUAUUUAUGGACGCAAACAAUACAGAAAGAGAAAGCAAUUUGAUGAAGAAAAGCAAGUACAACACGACGAUCGUUUUAUUCCUCCUCCAUCCUCACCAUCAGCACCGACAUCUUUUAAUCAUCAGCCACUUACACCCCCAGCCAUUGCUCGAUUGUCUUCUAUGUCUGAUGACGGUGAUAUGACCGUCAUUGACUUUAAUCAAAACUCAUUUGCAGAUCCUAUCAUGCUUAAAAAUCAUCGCCAACCAAGCACAUCAAACCUGUCUUUUGCACCGCCGCAUUUACCAGCCCACCUUGCAUCUCGAUACAAUACUUAUCGACAGAACCAAACACUCUCCAUGACUUCACAAACAAUGCCUUCGGCUCCUAAUGCAAAAGAAUUAGACGGCCUAAGGUAUAAUGAUCCUUUCCAAGAUAUGUAUAGAGCCAACGAUAUAAUGCAGCAAGACGAUAUACAACACUUAGGAGAUCCUUCAUCAUCUUCAUCGCCUUCUCAUCAUCAUCAUCUUCAGGCUACACAACAUUAUCAUCAUCAUAAGUCAGAGUCCUUUUCUUUAUCGACAGAUUUACCGCCUCCACCAGCAUAUACACCUAGUGCAUCACCUAGUGCGCCACCGUUAUAUGCGUUACCGCCAACAGAAGAGCAACAUUAUUCAUCUCAAGGAUUUGAAGAUAUGUCGUUAAGGCGACAUUCUAUAAGCAACUGUAGUAUAACAUCUAAUAGACCCAUUUCACUGAGGCGUGGGUCAGGCAGUUUAACACGAAUAGCACCUUAAAUCAUACUUUCUGGAAAGUAUACUUUGAUACCUCUCUUUUUUUGUUUAAAGUUAAUUAAUAAAGCACACUUCUGAUGUUAUUAAACUGAAAAUAGAAAUUAAAUAUAUUU